AGUGUGUUCGGUCAUAUGGACCGACUCAGUUUUAAAUGUCGCCUGGCUUUAAGGGAAAACAGCGCGGAUAUACUAACUUAUGGUCCUAUCCUUACUGUACAACAUGAAAGACUAGUCGGCACGUCGGUGGAGUGUUUGCAAACCUUGCAGCACGUCUGUCAGUGAUAUUUCUAUCCAUGAGGUGAUCGUUGCUCAUAUCUAAUCGCACUAUCGUUUAAACGAUGGCAAACGGAAACCAGACAGUGGUGUACUUGUCUGAGCAGGUAGUCGUGUUGUUUUCGUGCGCGCUGUCCUUUCUGGGCUCUUCGCUAAUCAUCCUCACCUACAUAGUUUGGUCAGAUUUGAGGACUACUCCGAGGAAGCUGCUGGUGUACCUGUCGCUGUCUGACUGGCUGUCCGCUGUCUCCUACGCCUUCGGCGUCUGGAGGGUUUUCCACACUGACUCGCUGGACUGCGUCGUUCAAGGGGCGAUAUCCACUUUCGCCAACACCAGCUCUUUUUUCUGGACUGUGGCCAUUGCCGUUUACCUGUAUGUUUUUAUUGUAAGGUCCAGCCAAAGAGUCGCUGACAGCUUGGUGCUGUUCUUCCACCUUGUCAGCUGGGGUGUUCCUCUGGCCAUCACUGUUGCAGCAGUGUCCCUGAACAAGAUUGGCUAUGAUGCGUCAGAGGUGUCAGUGGGCUGGUGCUGGGUCAGGAUUCAUGCUUCUGACCGGGUCUUGUGGAUGCUGCUGACUGGAAAGAUCUGGGAGUUCAUGGCUUACCUCACCCUCCCUGUCCUCUACAUUCUGAUCAAGAGGCACAUCCACAUAGCGCAUGCUGCCCUGUCCGAGUAUCGUCCCAUCUUGGCCAAUAGGCCUCAAUCACACUCCUUCUCCUCUGUGGCUGAUAUGAAGCUUACACUCAUUCCCAUUAUCUUCAUCGCACUGCGCAUUUGGAGCACAGUGCGCUUCGUACUGCUGCUAGCUGGAUCUUCAGCCAGACAGAACCCAGUGCUGGUCACUCUACAUGGAAUUGGCAACACCUCACAGGGAGCAGCCAACUGCAUCAUGUUUGUAUUGUUUACUCAGCCGAUCCGCAAGCGCCUCUGCACCGCGCUCUGCUGCUGCUGCUCCAAGUGUCGGGCAGAGGGGCAGAACUUGCAUGACGCCCCCCGCAGGCUGUUACCGGGACAGGACACCUCCACACAAAGAGAAGAAGACAGCAUCACUCAAGUCCCCACUGAUAGAUGAUACUAGAUUCUGCGGGUUUGGAGCCUGACAAACGUUAACAUGAAGGGACUGGUGGAGGUCUCUGCUUCACAUUGAGCCUCAUUGCAGGAAGUGCCUUCAGAAGGUUCAAGGAGUCUUUAUUGUCCCCGUGGGGCAAAUUGCUCUACAGCCAGCAGUAACAAAAACAGGCAACAAUCACAAAAAAACAACAACAUGGUUGGAGGUUGGAGGCUCUGCAGGUGUAUGCACAUCCAUGUCACAGGACAAGUCAACACGCCUGCACUCCUGAGUGAUGAGGAUGAUGCUUCCUGACUCUGCUGUUAAGUGUUGCAGACUGAAUAUGUUACACACAUUGUAAUGUUAUGAAUGGGCUGCACAUUAAAACUUUAAAGUGCCAUUUCACUUUAAAUUCUUGUUUGUUCAUGUUGCCUGGUUGAAUUUUGAACAGUUGUACAGUCUGUUAAAGACCGUUUAGCAGCUUUAUUUAUCAUGUACUGUGUGGAUUCACUUAUUCUGAGGAUAUCACUGUGAAAUAAAUAUUCAGCUUUCAUCUUGUUCCACUGAGUAUUCAAGUAUUGUUUUUAUGGCAAACGAAUGUUUUAACACUUAUUUACUAAAUUGGGAACCUGUCACUGUUGUAACUGGCAUGAACUAUAAAGCCGACCACAGCUGCAGUUCUGUAAAUGAGGAAACUGCUAACUUUUUACAGCCAUCUUUCAAGCAAGAUGUAUUUUUUAUUUUGAGUAAAGAUCCCAUUAAUAUGUUCAGCAGUGAAGCUUUGAUAUAAAACAUUUUUCUGAAAGUAUGUACGUUAUGACAUUGCAUGUCUUCAAAAGGUUUGCUUGCAAAAUCUUGAUUACAUUUGAUCUUUAAAGUAUCAUAAAUUAAUUUGUGUUAUGUGGACAGUUUG